AUGGCGGAGACUGGGCAAAUUAAAAUUUUUGGGGACCAUCCUUCGCGGACAGAAGCUGCUCUUGCAAAGACAAGAAGACAUUUGUACAAAGAGGAAAGGUUAGAAGCAGAGCAAAGGAGACUAGAAGAAAUAGGGCCGAUAGCAUACUACUCAGAAUGGGUUGAAGCUUAUAAAAACAAGGAUACAUCACGCGAAGCCAUACAGAAGCACUUUGAGGAAACCGGCGAAGAUGAGAAUGCUCAACUUAUAAAAAUGUUUCAACACCAAACUGCUGGGGAAUAUCGUAUCAUGAUGGGCACCGAUGUGCGUAUUCAGCGAGAUCCUUUGGCCAUGAGAAUGCGGGAAGACCAGAUCAAACAGAUUUGGGGCGGUGAUCCUGUCUAUCCAACAAUUAAUUAUGUUCAGGAUCCUGAUGAAGUGACGGACUACAGAGGUCCUGAAUUUCAUGAGCCUACCCCUGAAGUUGUACCUUACCUGAUGGAGUAUAUUCCUGAAGUCAAAGAUCCUAUGGCUACUGCCAUUGAUAUAGGAGAGCAAUCUUACAAUGAAGACAGUGAUGAUGAGGAUGAGGAUGUCGAUAAAGCUGCUGCACGGCCUGAAUCACUAGAGGAUGAGGAAGAUGAUGGGGAUGAUGUUGCGGAAGUAGAAGAGAAAGUGAACCAGAAUUGGAGUGUUCUAAAGUCUACUGGACAGACUGAAAAGCCCAAGGAAAAAUCAAAUAAAGGUGAAAUGUCACUAAAAGAAGCCAUUGACGAUUCUGAGAACCUAACUGACUUUCUUAUGGACUUUGAGGAAGACGAGUAA